AGGGCCAUGCAGGUGUGGCAGCUAUUACAACUUAUGGAGUAUAAUCCAGGAUUUCUUUUGGACCAAAAGAGUACCUUCACAUUUGUGUAGUAGCAGGAAAAGCAAUGCAUCGCUAGUGAAACAACUAAAGUACAUACUACGGAAUAUUCUGAUAGUUAGUCCCUAACCCCCCUAAUGACUUUGAUAGGGUGGUGUACUAACGAGGCGAUCAGCCACUAGUAUUGACAGACAAGCAAUAAGCAACAAACAAGACGAGAUGCACGCAAGAAAACAUCAUCCCUUUGUCCUCCCUACGCAGACAAUCAAUUCAAAUUCUCCUGCAUCACAGCUCAUAGGGCUGUCAGAACAAAUGCUCGCCGCCAAGCCAGUUGAGAGGAGACGAAUGAGCAAGAAAUUUGAGGGGAAUCAAUCAUCCAACUGGUCGCCCGUUGGAUAGAGAUCCUUUCAGCUAUCUGUGAUGUCUGUGCUAUCUUGUCCACUCUCGAAUCCUGACUGGUGUACCUUUUGUAUACGGUCAGCUUUACCAGCGGGGCAAAUCAGCUGGUAGAACAGCAGCGACCGUGAAAUCCCACCAGAUCAUGCGAUGAAGGCAAGACAAGACAAGGCACAUCGGUACUCGGAUGCCGUAAGAGGCAAUUCUCACUCUUGCCU